CCGAAGGCACUGCCGCUCUUAGGCGGGGAGCUGAGGGGCUCUGUUAUUUGUGACUACAAUGAAAAACUUAGACAGUGAUGACUAUGACUAUUUUCUCAAGCCCAAGAGCUCGAAAGAAUGGCUGGAGCCGCAACCACUUCCUUUUAUGGAGGCAUUAGCUAAAGAAGAUGUUGAUGCAGCUUUUCAUUCAAUAUUAUAUAGAGAAAAUUAUGCAAUUAAGGAACUAGAUAAGUAUUUGAAACAUAAUGACUUCUUAAAUACAAGAAGAAAGGAGAUACUAUAUAAAAGAUGGGUUGACCAUGUGGCAAAUCCUCUGCAGAAGAAAAUUAUAGAAAAAGUUUGUUCACAUAAGAAGAUUAAAAACAGGAGAAAAGAAGAAUUAGAUGGUUUUUUAAAAUACGUGAAUAAACAGGGAAAUGCAUUUAUAGAACAUUAUGAUCCAAAAGAGUAUGAUCCUUUUUAUAUGCACAAAGAGGAUCCCAGUUUUCUGAAGGUUACCAUGCCACCACUUCGGGACCCUUUGAAAAAGGUACAAUUUGACAAAGAUGAUGAAAAAAGAACUCUUCUUCAGUGUGAGAAUGGCAAAAUAUAUACAAUGAAAGAAUUUAAAGAGGUUGAGAAGGCCAAACUGCAUUCCAGAUUCCCAAGAAUUUCUAAUCCAAGGCAGUUUAUGACUCCAAAUGAGUGGCUUAAACUGCCUAAAUGCUACAUAGAAAGUGAAUUUUGUAAAAGGAGAAGGUUAAAAGUGAAAGUGAAUUUUAACUACAGUAACUUUGACCCAGCGCCCACGACAAGAGGACCUCACCUUCUGGAACCUCUGGAAGAAGAAAAAGCUAUCGUUUGUAGAAAUAAAGGGUCAUCUCCUUUGGAGCAAGAACCUCUAUGCUAUCAGGAGGGACAGAACCCAAGCCCCAAGGAGGCCAACUCUGAAGGGCACUUUUCUUCCCUGAGCCUUAGCCAGGAGGUAGAAAGGGAUGAGGACCAGGAUACGGCGAGAGCUGGGAAGUCCCAUUUCGCAAAGGUUUUAACAACUAAGGAGCACAUACCCUAGUCCUCCUGGCAAGAGAGGCCAUAAAAGACCACUUCCGAGGAAGCCGCCUCUCAGGAGCCAUCACUCAGGGCGAGCACCAAGGAAGGCACUCAAGGAUUGUUCUAUGUCUAAGCAAGAAUCUAUAAUAAAUUUAAUUUCAUUUUUGAGUUGUGUCAGUAUGAUAAUUAAGAAGUGACAAUAUCAUGUAUUGAUACUUAUUUCAAAUUGUUU